AUGGGAGAGGUAAUUGUACCAAGAAGUUUUAGAUUACUUGAUGAGUUGGAAAGAGGACAGAAAGGGAAUGUUAGUGAAGGUGUAUCUUUUGGAUUAGAAAGUGCAGAUGACAUUACUUUAUCAAAUUGGUCAUGCACUAUAUUUGGACAACCAGGAACUGUUUUUGAAAACCGUAUUUAUUCACUAAAUGUUUUUUGUGGGGAUAGUUAUCCCGAUGUUCCUCCAACUGUUAAAUUUGACACCAAAAUAGAAAUGACCUGUGUAGAUGGAUCUGGAAAUGUCAUGAAGAGCCACCUCCACAUUUUAAAAAACUGGAACCGAAAUUACACAAUCGAAACAAUAUUAAUUGCAUUAAGACAGGAAAUGCUUUCAAGCGCUAACAAGCGUUUACCUCAACCAAAUGAAGGAGAAUCAUAUUAA